AUGUCUGCCAAGGAGAACGCACAGUCCGUCAAGGUCCUCGAUGACCUGAUGAAGAAGCUCAGCGUCUCCAAGGAGGCUGCCGACAUCAAGGAGACCACUGGAGCCCUCGCCAGCUUCAUCAACGGUCGCAUUGAGGACCAGGAGGCUCCCACCAAGACUGUCGAGGCCCUGAAGAAGGAGCUGGCCAACAAGAAGGAUGCCACCGCCAGAGAAAAGGCCUGCAGUGCCAUCCAGGCCAUUGCCCAGCACUCCGAGGUUGGCGCCAACGUCGAGCCCUACCUCGUCGUUCUGCUGCCCGCAACCUUGGCCGCUAUCGGCGACAAGAUCACUGGCGUCAAGAAUGCUGCCAUUGCCGCCACCACCGCCAUCGUGGAGGCCAUCACCCCCAACGCCGUCAAGGCCGUCCUCCCCCACAUUGUCAACUCCAUCCUCACGGCCCAGAAGUGGCCCGAGAAGAUGGCUGCUCUCGACUGCAUUGAGAUCCUCGUCCGCGUUGCCCCCGCCCAGCUGGCCUACCGCGUUCCCGAGCUCAUCCCCGUCGUUUCCGAGUCCAUGUGGGACACCAAGAAGGAGGUCAAGGAGCGCGCCUACAAGACCAUGGAGAAGAUCUGCGAGUUGAUCGUCAACAAGGAUAUCGAGCGCUUCAUUCCCGAGCUGAUCAAGUGUAUUGCCAAGCCUGAGAACGUUCCCGAGACCGUUCACUUGCUCGGAGCCACCACCUUCGUCACCGAGGUUCAGGAGCCCACCCUGGCCCUCAUGGUUCCUCUCUUGGAUCGUGGUCUUGCUGAGCGAGACACCGCCAUCAAGCGAAAGGCUGCCGUCAUUGUCGACAACAUGUGCAAGCUCGUUGACGACCCCAACAUUGUCGCUCCUUUCUUGCCCAAGAUGAUGCCAGGUCUCCAGAAGAACUACGAGAACUUGGCUGACCCCGAGGCCCGUGAGAAGACCAAGCAGGCUCUCGACACCAUCAUCCGUGUCGGUGACGUCAAGAACGGCAAGAUCCCCGAGGUCCGCCACGAUGGUGACCUGGCCACCGUCCUUGCCCACGUCAAGGCUUCCAUCCCCAGCAAGCACUCUGCUACCGCUGAGAAGCUCGCCCCUGUCCUCGAGUACGUUGCCGCAAUUGGUGGCCAGCUCGUUGACGAGAAGGAGGUCGACAUCACCACCUGGGCCCCUGCCGUCAAGCCCUUCCUGACUGUCAUUGUUGGCGAGGCCGACGCUGAGUCCACUCUUGAGGCUCUGCGCAAGCGUGCUUCCCCCAGCCUGGCUGAUGCCGGCGCUGAGGAGAUUGACGAUGACGAGGGUGAGGACCUCUGCAACUGCACCUUCUCCCUUGCCUACGGUGCCAAGAUUCUUCUCAACCAGACCCACCUGCGUCUCAAGCGUGGCCGCCGUUACGGUCUCUGUGGUCCCAACGGUUCCGGAAAGUCUACCCUCAUGCGUGCCAUCAACAACGAGCAGGUCGAGGGUUUCCCCAAGCAGAGCGAGGUCAAGACUGUCUUCGUCGAGCACGACUUGGACUCUGCCGAUACUGAGAUGACCACCAUUGACUGGACCAUGAUGAAGCUCGAGCAGGCCAAGGUCACUGUCUCCAACGAGGACGUCAGGAAGCGCCUCGAUGAGUUUGGUUUCACCCCUGCCAUGGUCAACGGUGAGAUCAGCGCUCUGUCUGGUGGUUGGAAGAUGAAGCUGGCUCUGUGCCGUGCUGUCUUUGAGGCCCCCGAUAUCCUGCUUCUCGACGAGCCCACUAACCACUUGGAUGUGAAGAACGUCAAGUGGCUCGAGGACUACCUCAUCAACUCUCCUUGCACUUCCAUCAUUGUCUCGCACGACAGCUCCUUCCUCGACAACGUUACCCAGUACAUCAUUCACUACGAGCGCUUCAAGCUCAAGCGCUACAAGGGUAACUUGAAGACCUUCGUCGAGAAGAACCCCUCGGCCAAGUCUUACUACGAGCUUGGCGAGUCUGAGAUUGAGUUCAGCUUCCCCGAGCCCGGUUUCCUCGAGGGUGUCAAGACCAAGGCCAAGGCUAUCCUGCGUGCCACCCGCAUGAGCUUCCAGUACCCUGGUACCCCCAAGCCCCAGAUCAGCGACAUUACCUUCCAGUGCUCGCUCGGCUCCCGUAUUGCCGUCAUUGGCCCCAACGGUGCUGGCAAGUCUACUCUGAUCAACGUCCUCACUGGUGAGCUUAUCCCUACCCAGGGUGAGAUCUACCAGCACGAGAACAUCCGUAUUGCCUACAUCAAGCAGCACGCCUUCGCCCACAUUGAUAACCACUUGGACAAGACCCCCUCCGAGUACAUCCAGUGGCGUUUCCAGACUGGUGAGGAUCGUGAGACUAUGGACCGUGCCAACAAGAUCAUCACUGAGGAGGAUGAGAAGGCCAUGGACAGGAUCUUCAAGGUCGAGGGUACCCAGAGACGUGUCAUUGGUAUCAACAGCCGAAGAAAGUUCAAGAACAGCUACGAGUACGAGUGUUCGUUCGCCCUCGGCGAGAACGUCGGCAUGAAGAACGAGCGCUGGGUGCCCAUGAUGUCUGCCGACAACGCCUGGUUGCCCCGUUCCGAGCUUCUGGCCUCUCACCAGAAGAUGGUUGCUGAUGUUGACAUGAAGGAGGCCCUUGCCUCUGGUCAGUUCCGUCCUCUGGUCCGCAAGGAGAUCGAGUCUCACUGCGCCAACUUCGGUCUGGAUGCCGAGCUUGUUUCUCACUCGCGUAUGCGUGGUCUGUCUGGUGGUCAGCGUGUCAAGGUUGUCCUGUCCGCUUGCUCGUGGCAGCGACCCCACUUGAUCGUCCUCGACGAGCCUACCAACUAUCUGGACCGUGACUCCCUGGGUGCUCUGUCCAAGGCUCUGAAGAAGUUCGAGGGUGGUGUCAUCAUCAUCACUCACUCUGCUGAGUUCACUAAGGACUUGACUGAGGAAGUCUGGGCCGUCAUGGACGGUAAGAUGACUCCUUCCGGGCACAACUGGGUGCAAGGCCAGGGUGCCGGUCCUAGAUUGGACAAGAAGGAUGAUGACGAGGAGGAGAAGUUCGAUGCCAUGGGCAACAAGAUCGUCACCACCAAGAAGAAGGCUAAGCUUACUUCGUCGGAGGCCCGUAAGAAGAAGAAGGAGCGUAUGGCACGCCGCAAGCGUGGUGAGGAGGUCUUCUCUGACGAGGAUGACAUCUAA